UUCAAAGAUUCGCAGCGUUAAAUUUUGUUAAAAAAAAAAAAAAAAACAAAUUCCUCACGCGCCCAUUCUGCCGAAAUCCGUUUUUCGUCCCACCACACCAUCACAUUAAUCCUCCCCAAUCUCUUUGUCUCUCUGAUCUAAAAUCACUCUGAAUUCUCCUCUCUUCUCUCCCAAACAAACAAUUCCCGAGAAGAAGCUCCGCGGCCAUAUCCGGCGCCAGCCACCGCCUCUGCAUGAACGCCACCUCAUUCCCGUCAAAGGCUUGACGUCCUCGGAUUCUCUUCUCCCCCAUCUCCACCUCUUUCUCUGCUCUGCUCUGCUGCUGCUUUCUCUGUCUUCCAAUGGCGGUGCUCGACACCCCCGACGAUACUCACAUAAACCCCGCCGCCACCGCCUCACCGGAUCUCAACGGCCUUCGACACCGGCCGGCUGCCGGCGCAUCCGACGAGCCUACUCCUUCGUCCGCCGGGGACGCGGUGCCGACCGAUGAAUCCGGCUCGGAGAAGAAGGUUGCGAAUCGGGACGGUCAAGCUGCUAGAUCGGAUGUCAAAUUCACGUACCGUCCUUCCAGGCCCGCUCACGUUGGGGUUAAGGAGAGUCCCCUGAGUUCCGGCGCCAUUUUUAAGCAGAGCCAUGCAGGCCUGUUCAACCUCUGUAUUGUAGUGCUGGUGGCAGUCAACAGCAGGCUUAUUAUCGAGAAUCUCAUGAAGUAUGGUUGGCUGAUCAGGACUGGAUUCUGGUUUAGUUCGAAAUCAUUGAGAGAUUGGCCCCUUUUCAUGUGCUGUUUGUCACUUCCUUUGUUCGCUUUUGCUGCUUAUCUCGUUGAAAAAUUUGCGUACCGCAAAUAUCUGUCUGAGCCAAUAGUUGUUUCCCUUCAUAUACUCAUCUCUGUGGCAGCGGUUGUGUACCCUGUUUCAGUGAUUCUCAGCUGUGACUCUGCAUUUUUAUCCGGUGUGACAUUGAUGCUUUUUGCUUGCAUUAUAUGGUUGAAAUUGGUCUCAUAUGCUCAUACGAACUACGAUAUGAGGGCAGUCGCCAAGUCAGUUGAAAAGGGAGAAGCACCUUCUGCUGCUCUCAACGUGGAUUAUUCUUAUGAUGUUAACUUCAACAGCUUGGUUUAUUUCAUGAUUGCCCCGACAUUAUGUUAUCAGCCAAGUUAUCCUCGCACACCAUCUAUCCGAAAGGGUUGGGUGGUUCGUCAGUUCAUCAAGUUAGUGAUAUUUACUGGUUUAAUGGGAUUUAUAAUUGAACAGUACAUCAAUCCUAUUAUCCAGAACUCAGAGCAUCCUUUCAAAGGGAAUCUCUUGUAUGGAAUUGAGAGGGUUUUGAAGCUUUCAGUCCCGAAUUUGUAUGUGUGGCUGUGCAUGUUCUACUGCUUCUUUCAUCUGUGGUUGAAUAUACUUGCAGAGCUCCUGCGUUUCGGUGACCGAGAAUUCUAUAAAGAUUGGUGGAACGCGAAAACUGUUGAAGAGUACUGGAGAAUGUGGAAUAUGCCAGUUCACAAGUGGAUGGUUCGCCAUAUCUAUUUUCCAUGUCUGCGCCACAAAGUUCCCAAAGGAGUAGCAAUAUUUAUUGCGUUCUUUGUUUCCGCUGCAUUUCAUGAGCUGUGCAUUGCUGUUCCUUGCCACAUCUUCAAGUUCUGGGCGUUUCUUGGAAUUAUGUUCCAGGUAAGAUUGAGCCAUGUCACGACUAAAUUCACUUCUGUGCUGAUUUAUCCCACUUGUCUGGCUUACAAAUGUUCUUCAGGAGAAGUUCAAGAGCUCGAUGGUGGGGAACAUGAUAUUCUGGUCAAUGUUCUGCAUAUUCGGUCAACCGAUGUGUGUGCUUCUCUACUAUCACGACCUGAUGAACAGGAACGGGAAAGAUGGAAUCUGAAAGGGAAACACUACUUCGAGCAGAGACUUAUUUUUGGCAAUCUCCACGGAGUUCCACUUCAUCAACUGUUGUUUCACAUGAGGGAAUUAUAUAGACUCUGCAGCGGCGAAGAUGAGGUCAUCAGAGAAGUGAAAUCGUCGUGCAUCAGGGCACUCUUAUCAAACACUACUUAUCUACCAUGGCCAUGGGGGUGUACCCUUUCAGAUAGUGGGAGCGUAGAGGCAAUUUCGAAACCUGGCAGAGAGCAGGCACAUAUAGCUAACAAAGUGCCUGCUGUCACGAGAAGGAUGAAGUGCUGGAGAGAUGUGGAUUAGUGGUUUAGCUGGUUGGGGAAUUUGUAAAUCGAAGGCUAUCUAAAUGUGUGUUAAUGCACUGGACCUCCCACAUAAUGUUUCUGCAAUGUUGUGAUCCCUUAGCUAAAUAUAAAGAACAGAACCAAUGGAAGUAUGGAAAGCAAAGCACUUAGAGAUG